AUGAACAAUGAUACAAUCAAAUUGAAAAUGGAUUCUGUUUACGGGAACCUUGCGCCAUCGUUAACAACCAUAAAAUACUGGAAAGCUGAAUUUAAACGUGAUCUUACGAGACAACACACCCAUCGCAUUCCAAGCUUGAAAAGAUGGCUUCAGGGAAAGAGAUUUGCAUCAAAUGAUAAAGGAAUGGAGUGGAAACCUGAAGUAUAUUUUGAAGGAUUUAAUAAAUCGUAUUAUUUAAAAAGUAACCAAAUGUUGAAAGAUCGUUGGGCUCUAUGGAUUCAGCUAGAAGGGGACUAUAUUGAAUUCAGUUCCUUUGAUCCCCACAUACCGCAAUGGCGUUUGGAUCCAUGUCAAAUUGAAGACACUGCUCCAGAUAUGGAAGAUCCUGUACGUCUUUUUCACGGACGUGUGCGUAUUGUCUGGGAACACGAACAUCAAACACUCAACUCUAAAUUGAUGGUAACCGUUUUGGGUAAAGGUGAACAGUGCCGAAAUGAGAAAAAACAUCAGUGUCUAAAAAUAGGCGAUGAACCUAUUUUAUGUAUAUCCAAAGAUCUUGUUUGUGAUGGCAUACGUCAUUGUCCGAAUAGUAAUGAAUAUGAUAGUGAUGAAGAUUAUGCAAUGUGUUGGAAACAUCGUCGUGUGAAUGAUCCAAUUUCCACAGCUAUGGAAAGUGACAUUUUUGAACACUUUGCUUUGGAAGUAUUUCGUAAUCUAUUUGCUUUUGAUGCACCCACAAUGCCGGAUAAGAGAAAUAGAACUGCUGUAGGCGCAAAUAGCACAACUUUGCGUAAAGUACCUGCCAAAACGGAUAAUAAUACUAUCAAUAGUGAUGGUGAACUUACAGAUAAUUCAAAUGGUACAAAAACCCUCAAGAAUAGCACAGAACACGCUAUUACUAAUGUUGGUACGGGACAUCACAGACGGAACUCCACACGUUUAGGUUUAAAUUCAGAUUUAUCAAAAUAUGGUCCAUGGGGUUAUCUGAUGCUUGGCAUGUUACUGUGCGGAGGUGCACUUUUAAUAUGUGGACUUUGGGCUUCCGCCUCUCAACAUGCAGCUAAUAAUGAGCGCGAAUCAGCAUUACAAAAUGGUACCUCAGGCAUGCCCGGUAGUCAUGUUCAUCCCUCCAAUAACGCUGGACCACCAAAUUACGAGGAACUCGAUCCACCGCCAGCAUAUUCCGUGCUAUUUCCAAAUCAAAAAGCCGCUUCUAGCAAUACAUUAAGUUCCAUGGGUGCUACAACAACUGCAGCUGGUGCCGCUGCCGCUGCAGCCAGCAGUGGCAUUGCAGUUGCAGCCGCUGCUGUCAUACCACCACAGGCUGAAGCAGCAGUCGCACCUGUUACUGACUCAACAACUACAACAACAAUAACACCAAACAUCACAGCGGCUUCCGCUCAAGAAAAUGUAGGUAGUGCAGCGUCGAAUUGAGCGGAUUUAGCAGCUUGAUAGCUUUGCUCACGUUAGUCUGACACAUCCUUUCAUCCAAUAAAAGUAGACAUGCUCUGAUGCCAGACAAUUAUUUGCAGCAUUGCAUUUAGUAAAUUUUUUUCAAUUGACUGACUUAUUUAUAAUAAAAAUAAAAGAUUAAUCUUCGUUAGAAGUGAAUCUGUAAAGUAACUUUGACAAAUUUAGCUUUAAGUUAAGAAAUUUACUUUUACCGCUUAGUUAGUUAGUUUAAUAAUAAUAAAAAUGUUAAAGAUAGGUUUUGUGUUUUUUAAGUUAGUGAAUAUUUAACGUUUUUCCACC